GCACAACUGGAGUGAAGUCAGCGGCUACACUUCUGACAUGUAUUUUUAAAAGAAGAGUGGAGAAAACGUCAUGGCAGACAUAAGGACUUUCAACGUUGUUAUUUUGGGUUUGGGAUUUUUGUUCAUUUUCACCGCCUUCACCACCACAGGGAACAUUGAACAAACUGUGGUGAAAAGCCUAAAAAAUGAUACUUUCAGUGGAAGUGGGUACCACAGUCUUGGGAUCAUCUAUGGGGUCUUCUCUUUCUCCAAUUUACUUGCACCAAUAGUUGUUUCUGUAAUUGGACCGAAAAUGACGAUGUUUUUGAGUGGCCUACUUUACAGUGGAUACAUCGCUGUGUUCAUCAUCCCCCUGACAUGGGCCUUUUACUUCACAUCUUUUCUGAUUGGUAUUGGAGCAGCAUUGCUCUGGACGGCUCAAGGACACUUCCUGGUCGAAAACUCCGAGGCGUCCACCAUCAACAGGAACACGGGGAUGUUCUGGGCUCUCUUGCAGUGCAGCAUGUUGUUUGGCAAUCUUUACAUUUACUUUGACUGGAAUGGAAGAACAGAGAUACCAGACAGCAGCAGGAAAAACAUUUUCCUGUCCCUGUUGGUCGCCUCCGUACUCGGCACGCUCAGCUUCCUGGUGUUGAGGAAGAGUCAUCAUGAGGAAGAGUUGCUCUCUGAAGAGGAAGGGCAGUCGCUGCUCUCAACCCGCAUGAUGUAUAAACAGAGAGCAAACACCGCCAUGCAGGACGCCAAGUCAGAACUGAAAACCAUCGUGCAGCUCCUGAAGGCUAAAACCAUACUGCUCCUGAGCCCCUGCAUGGCGUACAGCGGCCUGGAGCUAUCCUUCUACAGUGGAGUGUAUGGCACGUGCAUCGGAGCGACUGCACACUUUGGAGAAGCAGCCAAAGGCCUGAUCGGGAUCUCUGGGAUCAUGGUGGGGAUUGGAGAAAUUGUGGGGGGAGGCUUGUUUGGACUGGUGUGCAAGAACAAUCGCGUCAGACGGACCUCUGUGGUGUUUCUGGGAAUGGUCGUCCAUUUUGUAGCUUUCUAUUUGAUUUUCCUCAACAUCCCUGGUGAUGCUCCUGUCGUCUUGAAAACCGUCACCCAGAGGAGCCCUUAUCUAACUCCAAGUGUAUCCAUCGCCCUCCUGUGCAGCUUUCUGCUCGGACUCGGCGACAGUUGUUUCAACACGCAGCUGUACAGCAUUUUAGGCCGCGUUUAUGCUGAACAGAGCACGCCCGCUUUCGCCAUCUUCAAAUUCAUCCAGUCUGUUUUUGCUGCAGUGGCGUUCUUCUACAGCGGUUACCUCCUGCUCAUGUGGCAGCUCCUCCUGAUGGUCGUCCUGGGCUUCACUGGAACGCUCUGCUUUUUCGUCGUGGAGAGGAUGCAAAACUUCUCUGCAGACUUACAGGAAGAAUAGGAAGAACACGUCUCCAUGCCAGCGUAGCAUGUUUUUUACAGGACAGACACAAGGUGGUAUACACUGAGACCGUCAGGAAAUAAAAGAAUCUCUUUACUACACACUGAAGGUCAUAUUCUAGGACUGUCAGCGUUAACUAGUUAAUCACGAUGAAUUCAAGUCUGAGAUGAAUUCGCUUCUGAAGUGUCUCCCCAUAGUCAAGGUGAUGAAAGAACGACACUGCUGCAUCUUUGAAUGUCUCAUUUCACUUAAAAAAAAACUCUUAGGCCCUGUGUCCACCUCGUGUUUUUAUUGAGCAUCAGCGUCUUUUUUCAGUUGUUAGUAAGUAGGAGAAGAUUUUUAUUUAGUAUUGAUCCAGAACGAGUUCCAUACUCCAGCUUUAAGUUCAUUUUGUAACCUUUGAUCUACAAGAAGGUCCUUACGUUAUUUCAAAAUAAAAGCAGGGUUGAAUUAAAACAGGAAGUAAAGUGUUCCCAGCUUAAGACAGUCCAAAAAUUAGAAUUAAAAGCGGAACAAUUUCUAUUUUGAAAUGAGACAUGAGAUUAAAAGUGCUAUUAAUCGUGAUUAACUGUAGAAAUUUGGCAAUUAAUUACGAUAAAAUGUUGUUGUAAUCAUUUGUCAGCCCUAUCAUAAACAAAAACAUGAAUACUGAAAAAACAAAAACAAAACUACCUUGAGAAUAUUUGAUAGUGUAACAUGGUUAUCAAUCACAUUGAACCUUUUACAUUUACUGUUCUAGUUUCCCUAUAAUAAACAGUAUGAUUGUUAAUGAUUAACAUUAUCUCCAUGUUGCACCUUUGCACUGUUGGUCUUACUGUAGGAUGUUCAAAAGAAAAUAACCAUACAUAUUAACUCAUACUUAGCUUCAGCUCAGGUUAAAGAAAGUGAUAUUGUUAAAGGAUUGUAUGUAUCUUAUACCAUUACUUUGUUCCUUGGAAAGCUGUUCAUAGUUUGUCAGAAUAAGAGAAGAGAAGAAAUAUUCUUUCUCAUGUUUAACUAAUUAUUGCUCGACAAUCGUUCUUUUUACUUUUUUUAAUAAAAUGUGCAUGUUUCAAGUGUC